AUGCUCCGUAAAAGAAUUGGCCUAGCAGCUCAAGCUAUCUCUGCGAGUUCAAAAUUCCAAAAAGGCGUGGCAUAUAUACCACGAGUAAGACGAUCAACAUUAUCACCAAAACAAUUACCGUCGUCGCCAUACUUGGGAAAACUAGCGCCUGAAUUAGUGUCAGAUAUUUUAGAUCAAAUAUUUGAAUUAUUAACACAACCAUCCGACGAUGAUAUUUUAUACAGUCUACAAGCUUAUCCAAAUCUAUAUAACUGUAUGUUAGUAAAUAAAAAAUGGUGCGAGACAGCAGUUAGAAUACUCUAUAAACAUCCAUGGCGGUUACAUCGACUAUACACACUACGAAAAACAGAUUUGGCAUAUGAUCGAUGUGGACUAGUUCGUCUCUAUUUGACAAUGCUCGAUCGAGAACAACGUCUUGUUCUGCUCGAACAGGGGAUUAAUCUGCCGGACCCCGAACGUACUCCAAGGUUUAAAUACGCUUCAUAUUUACGAUGUUUAGAUUAUGGGGUGAUGUUGGAAUCUAUUUGGACUAUUUACUCGCAAUCCCAUUAUACUUAUAUACCAUGUGAAAAAGUGAAAUUAGUGGUAGGGGCUUUGUUGAAAUUGUUUUCGACUCAGGCAGGAAGUUUGACGUGGUUACGAUUUGCACCGAUGAGUUUUAGUUUCGAUGAAAUGUAUUUCGAAAUGUUGGCGGAUAAAGAAUUUAAUGCAUUGUUAAGACCUGUUGAACAUUUGGUUAUUGAGGCAAAUUUAGGUGGUUGUGUAAAGUUGUAUAAAUUAUUUUCGGCGAAUUUCCGGAAUGUGCGGAAUUUAGAGUUAACUGAUCUUCCAAGAGCAAGAAAUUGGCUCGGUGACUCUUCAAUAAAAUGUCAAACCGAAUUCACGGCAGUAAUCGAAUCACAACAUCAUUUACAAUCACUAACGCUAAAAGAAUGUGCUGGUUACUUGAGUUCAAUCAUCUCCGCAAUCCUCUCACAAUCGCAUACAAUUUCUCAUCUAAAAUUCAUCGAUUGUGAUUUUCGAGGGUGUGAACCGUGGGUCGGACUAUCGAAAUGUCGACAACUAAUCUCAAUAGAAUUCGGCGGAUGUAUUAACAUUUCGGGGGCUAUGAUCGCGCCUUUGGUGGAUGCUGGAUUGACGCGGUUGAAAAAAGUCGUUGUUUGGAAUAGAACAGAUCAAAAAGCAUGUAAAGAGUUGAUGAGUUGGGCAUCCGUAUAUCGUUCAAUAUAA